CUCUCUUUUGGGUGCUUUCCAUGCAAAAAUAUAUUUAGGCCAAUUAAUGUUCGUUCUUGUUUGCUGGUCAAGAUGAGUAAUUUAGUCAAGUACACGGAGCACCGGCAUGUCACUACUAAGCUCGUGAAGUCUCUGGCCAGACAGUUUCCGGUGCCCAAUGCCGGGAAGCCUAAGAUAGUUCGGAUCUCUGUCACCGACGGUAAUGCUACUGACUCGUCAAGCGGCGAAGAGGACGAUGAGAAGCCAGUGUAUCAGUACAGAGUGAAGAGACUCGUUAACGAGAUCAGAAUCGAGGAUUUUUCAAACUAUGCAGCCCUGAACGCCGAGCCGGAGAAUACAAAGCCGAAACCAAGGCCAAAGCAUCACAAAGUAGAAAAGAAAACUCCGUUGAAAGCGCCGCAGCAGCAGUGUAUUCCGGAUAUCAAGCGGUACAGAGGUGUUAGACAGCGUCCCUGGGGAUGGGCAGCUGAGAUCAGAGACCCUCUCCGCCGGACGAGGGUCUGGCUGGGGACGUACGACACCGCCGAAGAGGCAGCUAUGGUUUACGACAGGGCGGCCAUUCGCCUCAGAGGCCCCGACGCUCUCACCAAUUUCGUAAAGCCUCCGCUUUCAUCACCUCCAACGCCUCAUGGCCCACCAUUACAACAAAAGGCUGAUACCGAGAGUCACUCAGUGAGCAGCACUGCUCCGGUAAGCUCUACUCAACGACAAGAAAUCGAUGUUGUAGGGGUUUCCGGUUACGAUUCUGGGAAAGAAUCUCACAGUCCCUAUUCUCCAACCUCUGUUCUCAGAUUUCAACCCGUUGAACUCGGAACAGAGGCGGAAAGUGACUGGAGACCAACUCAAGAUCAAAGCGAUGGCGAUUAUGGGUGGUUGGAUCCAUUACUAUUGAAAGAUCAUUUUGAGUCCGAAAGUCCUUCGCAUAUAUUUUUGGACGAGAUGAUCUUACCCGAAACAUGUUUAAGAAAAGAUGAAUAUCUUGGCGAUAUCUCAGUCGGUUUAGAAGAAGAUUUCGGAUCUUAUAAAUGGGAUGUGGAGACUUACUUUCAAGAUUCUCUGGAAUCGUUACACUGAGACUUAUAUCAUCAGUACACAUUACAUAAAUGUUUUUGGGCAUUCAUUUCAAAAUUCUCAAUUCUCAAUCUUUUUUUACCGGUGCAUGGAAGCAAGAGAAUGAUGCAAAGGAUGAGGGUAAAUAGCAUUGUAUUCUGAUAGGGGUAAAAAAAAUGGAGAAAAACAAGUACAUUUGUGGGGUUAUUAUUAUUAUUAUUACUAGGGUUAAUGUUUCUUUAUGUAUAUGAGUGUUGAAUUUGGAGUGGGAUGCUUUGCUUUUGAUCGGUUUGUGGUUUGAAGAGCCUUGAGUAGUUGUAAUAUUCACUGUGCAACCAAAUUUCUUUUCAAAUUUCUUUUCAAAUUUCUUAUGAAUGCAUCGUGAUUUGCGGAUC